UGGAAAGCUGCCCUUCUCUUCAAGCAUUAGGGCAUUUAUAGGGGUCAUUCUUAGUCCGAGUGUUUUAGGGGUCAGGGAGAUGAAGAAACAGCAGAUGUUGCAACAGUGGGGAUGAGGUGGUCCUGAGAGCGGGAAGGCAGAGGGCCGACGGUGCGGCUCUAUUCCCAACUAGUCACUGCAUCGCCCGGGGAGACGUAGGCUCAGACGUUAGGGCUCCCAAGGGACAGCUGUGCCGUCAAGUCUGGGGUACAACUGUGGGGGCCAAACGCAAACCGAGAUUCGCGCGCUGCUUUCUCGGGCCAGCCCACGCCUCCUGCUCCACGCCACUCCCUCCCCGCAGAGUGGCUCUCCGGCGUGGGGGCGGGACGAGUUCUUUGGUGGCCCCUGGAGGCUCAGGGCUGCAAGCCUGGGGAGGCUGGGAGGGAGGAGAGGGAGGGGCGCUAACGGGGCCGGCCGUCCAAGAGGAGGGGGCCUUUAAUAGGCUCGCCCAGCGCCGGCUCUGCAGCGCGGCGGCCAGCGGCUGUGGUCGGGAGACGCGGCCGGCACCUCCCUCGGCUUCCCGGCCGCAGUUCUGGGUCCUUGCACUUGACAGCGGUCGCUCUGCAGCUGCCGGGCGCGCGGGGCUGGGAAAGGCACAGGUAGGAGGCGCGGGCUCCUCGCCGGCUGCACACUCACCGCCCCGGGGAGUCGCUCCGGCUUCGCCCGGAGCUGCGGGCCGGUCCGGAGCGCCGCGGGGUGCGCGCGUGCCGGCUGCCAGGAGACCGCGCGGGCCAGCGCGGAGCCGGGCCGAGCUCCGCGGUGCACUGCCCGGCGCCAUGCUUCUGCUGGGCAUCCUGACUCUGGCCCUCGCCGGGGUCCCCGCCGGCGGCUCCGAGCCGGAGCAGGAGGUGGUGGUCCCCAUCCGGCUGGACCCGGACAUCAACGGCCGCCACUACUACCGGCGGGGUCCCGAGGACGCCGGGGACCAGGGUCUCAUUUUUCAGAUCACGGCCUUCCAGGAGGACUUUUAUCUGCACCUGGCGCCGGAUGCUCAGUUCCUGGCGCCCGCCUUCGCCACGGAGCACCUGGGCGCCUCCCUGCAGGGGCUGCUGGAGAACUCUCUCGACUUGCGACGUUGUUUCUACUCCGGGGACGUGAAUGCCGAGCCCGACUCGUUCGCCGCCGUGAGUCUGUGCGGGGGGCUGCGCGGGGCCUUCGGCUACCGAGGCGCCGAGUAUGUCAUUAGUCCGCUGCCCAACGCCAGUGCGCCCGGGGCGCAGCGCAACGGCCAGGGCGCGCACCUCCUGCGGCGCAGGGGCGCCCCCGGCGGGCCUCCCGGAGAUCCCACAUCGCGCUGCGGGGUGGCCUCGGGCUGGAACCCCGCCAUCCUGCGGGCCCUGGACCCCUACAAGCCUCGGCGCACCGGCUUAGGGGACAGCGGCAGCUGGCGCCGCUCGGGGCGUGCCAAACGCUUCGUGUCCAUCCCGCGGUACGUGGAGACACUGGUGGUGGCUGAUGAGUCCAUGGUCAAGUUCCACGGCGCCGACUUGGAGCAUUAUCUGCUGACGCUGCUGGCCACGGCGGCGCGGCUCUACCGCCACCCCAGCAUCCUCAACCCCAUCAACAUCGUCGUGGUCAAGGUGCUGCUUCUCCGAGAUCGGGACACGGGGCCCAAGGUCACUGGCAACGCGGCCUUGACGCUGCGCAACUUCUGCGCCUGGCAGAAGAAGCUGAACAAAGUGAGCGACAAGCACCCGGAGUACUGGGACACGGCCAUUCUCUUCACUAGGCAGGACCUGUGUGGGGCCACCACCUGUGACACUCUGGGCAUGGCGGACGUGGGCACCAUGUGUGACCCCAAGAGAAGCUGCUCUGUGAUCGAGGAUGAUGGGCUUCCGUCCGCCUUCACCACUGCCCAUGAGCUGGGCCACGUGUUCAAUAUGCCCCAUGACAACGUGAAGGUGUGUGAGGAGGUGUUCGGGAAGCUUCGAGCUAACCACAUGAUGUCCCCUACGCUCAUCCAGAUCGACAGGGCCAACCCCUGGUCAGCCUGCAGUGCGGCCAUCAUCACAGACUUCCUGGACAGCGGGCAUGGUGACUGUCUCCUGGACCAGCCCAGUAAGCCCAUUGUCCUGCCCGAGGAUCUGCCGGGCACCAGCUACUCCCUGAGCCAGCAGUGCGAGCUGGCCUUUGGUGUGGGCUCCAAGCCCUGCCCCUACAUGCAGUACUGCACCAAGCUGUGGUGCACAGGCAAGGCCAAGGGCCAGAUGGUGUGUCAGACCCGCCACUUUCCCUGGGCCGAUGGCACCAGCUGUGGUGAGGGCAAGUUCUGCCUCAAGGGUGCAUGUGUGGAAAGACACGACCUCAAUACGUACAAGGUGGAUGGUUCCUGGGCCAAGUGGGAGCCCUACGGCCCCUGCUCUCGCUCCUGCGGCGGUGGUGUGCAGCUGGCUCGGCGGCGCUGUGCCAACCCCGCGCCCGCCAACGGGGGCAAGUACUGCGAAGGCGUGAGGGUGAAAUACCGAUCCUGUAACCUGGAGCUAUGCCCCAGCUCAGCUUCUGGCAAGAGCUUCCGGGAGGAGCAGUGUGAGGCUUUCAAUGGCUACAACCAUAGCACCAAUCGGCUGACGCUUUCUGUGGCCUGGGUUCCGAAGUACUCGGGCGUGUCUCCCCGGGACAAGUGCAAGCUCAUUUGCCGAGCCAAUGGUACCGGCUACUUCUAUAUGCUGGCCCCCAAGGUGGUGGAUGGCACACCUUGCACGCCGGACUCCACCUCAGUCUGUGUCCAAGGCAAGUGCAUCAAGGCAGGCUGCGAUGGGAACUUGGGCUCCAAGAAGAAGUUUGAUAAGUGUGGCGUAUGCGGGGGAGACAACAAGAGCUGUAAGAAGGUGACAGGACUCUUCACCAAACCCAUGCACGGCUACAAUUUUGUGGUGGCCAUUCCCGCGGGCGCCUCAAGUAUCGACAUCCGCCAGCGUGGCUACAAGGGACUCAUCGGUGACGACAACUACCUGGCCCUGAAGAACAGCCAAGGCAAGUACCUGCUCAACGGGCACUUUGUGGUGUCGGCCGUGGAGCGCGACCUGCUGGUGAAGGGGACCCUCCUGCGCUACAGCGGCAGCGGGACGGCCGUGGAGAGCCUGCAGGCGUCCCGGCCCAUCCUGGAGCCCCUCACCGUCGAGGUGCUCUCCGUGGGCAAGAUGACGCCGCCCCGCGUCCGCUACUCCUUCUACCUGCCCAAGGAGCCGAGGGAGGACAAGCCGGCCCCACCCAAGCCCCCCAGGGACUCUCCGAGGCUCCACAACACCGUGCUCAGCCUCUCCAACCGCGUGGAGCAGCCAGAGCAGCCGGCCGGGCGCUGGGUGGCGGGCAGCUGGGGGCCCUGUUCCAGCAGCUGCGGCAGCGGCCAGCAGCGGCGACCCGUGGACUGUCGGGGUCCCCCUGGCCAGCAUGCCGGCUCAGCCUGCAACGCAGCCCACCGGCCGGCGGAGACACGGGCCUGUGGGGAGCCCUGCCCAGCCUGGGAGCUGGGGGCCUGGUCGCCUUGUUCCAAGAGCUGUGGCCGGGGCUUUAAGCGGCGUCCGCUCAAGUGCACGGGCCCCAGCGGGCGCCUGCUGGCCCGGGAUCAGUGCGACCUGCGCCGGAAGCCCCAGGAACUGGACUUCUGCCUCCUGCGGCCGUGCUGAGGGGCAGCCUCGCUCCUUUGCAGACUCUGUGCCCCGGCUGCUGCUGGGGGCCUUACAGGGUGGCCGGAGCCACGUGCAGAGGGCAGUGACUGGGGGCCACGGUGUCACUCAUCUCUAGGGACAAGGACCGUGGUGGGGUGAGAGGCCCCUUUCUCCCGGGCCGCGUGGGGGCUGCCAGGAACUCAGACACAGUCUACCUCACGCCCGACUCCUCCGGGGCCCAGUCUCGGGCGAGGCUGAGGGUGGCGGCGCUGGGGCAGAGGCUUCUGGGCCCAGUUCCAGCGGGGCCUGGAGGACAGACACUCCCAGGUAGAACUUCAGGGACCUGGGCCCUCCCACACCCGAGGAGGCCCCAGGCUGCUGGCGGAGCCGGGACCCAGCAGUGCGGCACCCUGGGGGCCACCUCUGGAGAGCAGAGGGUCAGGGGCUGUUGUCCGGCCCAGGUGCUCUUAUGACUUGUGGGUGGACAUAAAUCCGGGGGCCCGCAUGCGCUGGCUGGGGCCACUCUGAGGAGAGCGAGCCCUGAGGCGUCACCUCUUCAGUCCAUGCCAGGCCCUCUGCUCCCUGGAUCCGUGGCCCCUGGGACAUGGUGGGGGCGGGGACCGGCUUGCACAUACCCGGGGGUGCUGUGUAGGCUAGUUUUAGGGGCUUACCAGGGCUCUACUGUCUUCUCAAGGGAUCCGACGAGUAUAGACAAACCGCAGCCUAUGGGGGCCCCCAGAGGGGGGCUGAGAGAUCCUGGAGGUGCUGCGUCCAGCGGGGGCUGGUGGGAACAGGGGUGGGGGGUGGCCUUUUUCUCCACAGCAUCCCAGAGAGCCCUCAGGUUCCCACACGCCUGAUGCCCGAUGGUGUGGGAUCCUCCCCCGUGCCCCCUCGCAGCUUCCGCAGCUGGGGCUAACUGUUUGCUACCUCAGGCUCUGCUCUCCGGGAAGCCACGCUGUUCCCGGCCCCCGGGGUGUGGGGACUCUGGUGCUUCAGGCAGCCCCCUCGGCGGCUGUUCUUUGCACACUGAGUAACACUUGCGGCGGGGCAGUGGGUCACGGUUUCCUGCCCCCCACUCACCUCACCCGAGGGGGCUCCAGACACGCACACAGGGUCUCUGUCCGAAGGUGCUUGGGGACAGAUUUGGGAGGAGCCCAGCAUCACCCCCCACUCAGGGACCCUUGGCAGCCCCCAGCAGGUGUUGCUGGAACCUUCCAUCUUGGCCAUGUUUUAGGAGAGCAGAAGCUACAGUCUUCGAAAGCUCUGAGGGGGACAUUGUUGGGGGUUGGAAGGUCUGUGGCCCAGUGUUGUAUCUGGGGGUCUGUCUGGGGGCAGGGGUGGUGGGACCUGGGCUUCAGAGAGGCGACGAGUGUAGGGCCCUGUGGAUGGGCAGUGCCCUCUAAUUCAUCCCCAGGCCAGCGGCCUCUGGAGGGGCUUGUCCCUCAGGCGGCCCAGGGCGUGUGGGGUGCUGGACCAGCCUGCAUGUCAGGGCCAGCAGGGUCCUCAGGGAAACCCGGCACUGGGGGUGGGGGGGUCUUUGACGACAGCACUGUGCCCCGUGCGUGGUGCCCCCAUCCUCGGGGUACGGGGCGCUGUGUGGAGGGGGCAUGGGGUGGGGGCAGUGGCCCCGAGCUGAGUGGCUUUAUAAUCCUUCAAAGACGGACAACCAAUCGGGUUCUUAUUUUUGGGGGGUGCGGGGUGCGUGGAACCCAGGUCCUCACACGCCAGGAGUUGUGUGCCUAGCUAAGCCCCCUCCCAUUCCCCGGCCCCGAUCUGGUUCUUGACACGAGCUGGGUCUCCAUGUCCUGUCUUGUCACCAGGGCUUUGUUAUUUUUCUUCGAAAGAAGUGUGGCCCAGACUCUAAGGCCUGGCUUGGCGCAGACCAUUAGGCGUGUCCAACCAGCUCUCCAAGGCUUAGCCCAGGUUUUGGGUGCCGGAAUCCAAAAUGUAAGGUGAUCUCUCAUGUCUGAGGAAGAAGAACAUCCUGGAAGGCACCAGUAACUUCUCCCAGGGGCCGAGGACCAGGAAGGACCCUCCUCCACGGCCCUUUAUGUGCACUGAUUGGAGGAGACCAGCUCACGAACUGGAGGCUGGAGACGGG